CCUCUUUUUAUAACGUCGUAUACACAGUUGUUUUUAUCUUUAUAAUUAGUGUUUUUCGCUGUGAAAUGAUAAAACAAUCGUGUUGCCUGAGCGACGAUCCCGGUGGUAUCUCGGCGAGGUAUCCAAGAACGGCGCGUCGCGCGUUCCCGCGCAAUCUGAUCGGAUUCGUCGCGGAGGAUCUUCCCCGUGUCUGCAAUCUCCAGGCUCUCCACGCCUUUCUCCGUGCGCGACACGAGCGUGUUAACGCGCGGCGGAUCGCACCGUAUCGCGCCGAGCGCUUACGAACGGAGAUAAACUAUUUACACGUUCCGCUCGAAAUAACACGUUCCCUCGCCCAACUCGUGGAGGCCACAUUCGCGCGUUUCAAAUGCGAUCUUGUGAGCGUCGACGCGAAGAAAUAUCCCCCGGGAACGAGGAACACUGCGGCCACGUGGCGAACCGCGCGCGCGCGAAAAGCCGAGCGGAGUCGGCCCGUUUUCCCGUUUGACCGUCUCCGCGCCGCUUGUAUCUAACGUUCGUUUUUUUUUUCUUUUUUUUUACGGCCGGCCUAUUCCGACGCGAGGCGAACGGUCCAUUAAUUAUUUCCACCGACCUGUUCCAGAGGCACCGCCGGCACCAUCUCGGAAGCCAUGCUGGCUGACGAGCUCGCACGCACCCGGCGAGGAGGAGACGGUGGUAGAAAGCCGAGCUUGCAACCGCCUUAACGCUCGCACGCGCGCACGCACAACGAACGACCGUUCACAUUGUCGUCGUUAAGAAGGCAGAGAAGGAGGAACAGAGAGGUACGCGAGCCGAUCAUGUCGCGGAAGACCAUUCCUGCCUUUGAUCUUGAGAUCGUUCGACGCGCCUCUCACACAACGUAGCAGCGGCUCCCAGCGGCUCCGUCCGUCCCAAGGCGUGCCUCGUCGGCGCAUAGUUCCGCGUUACCGGUCCGAUAUGUGAGCCGCCGGCUCCAUGUGGACGCCGUCGCCAUGGUGGAAUUAGUGUGCAGCAAUUCGUUGAGCCCGGGAACAACGUAGCGUUGGUGGUUGACGGCCGGGAAAGGGACAUCACGACGAAUGACGUGCCUUUUCGCGGAUUCGAGGAAGACCGCACGGUGUAUUCGAUGCUCGACGACGAAUCCGAAGAGAGUGAUAUCUAUUUUGAGAUUCUUUUCAAGUGUGUCACGAGAGAAGGGUGAAAGGUGAUGUGCUGUUCGGUACGAUGAGACCGGACCGCUGCUCGAAGUUGCACGGAAGCCCGGCGGCGAGUUUCGUUUGAUGACGUGAUGAGGAGAGGUGUCGCGAAUUCUGGCCUGACGAUACGGACGGAUCGGCGGCGAGCUUGAGGAAGGAGUCGCGGUGCUAUGACACGACGGACUCGGCGCGACUCGGUAGUCCCUUCCGUCGCGAGGCCGCCGUGUGAGCGCCAUCAGCGCGUCCAGACGCUAGAGAAGAGGCCUCACCCCGCGUGACAGCAGCGUGUCGAGUAAUGCUGAAGCACAUCCUGACGGGGCAGCCGUCGUCAACGGGCUCCAGGCAUCAUCAUAAUGACUAUCAGACGAGCUCGGGCUCGUUGCACGGUGGCGGGCACCAUCAUCACCAUCACUUGCACAACAACAACAACUCCCUGCAGCAGGAGCAGCAGCCGCAGUCGCACCACCACUACACCGGCAGCAGCGGGACGACACGCGGUGCCGGGGGACAUCGCAACAACGGCGUCGACGUCUACGACUCCGUGGUGCAGAGGUCAACGGCGGCGUCGAACGCGCAAUCGGCCACGACUCCGUCGUCGACGCACCGGCACCCCCUCAACCACUCCCAAUUGAGCGUGAACAACCUGUCGCAACGGUUGAACCACUCGCACGCGCUCAACCUGUCGACCCUGUCCACCUCCAAGCACUCGGUCAACAGCGUCAGCCCGAUCGCCGGUGGCAAUAAUAACAAUAACAACAAUCAUCAUAAUAAUAACAACAACAACGUGUCGGUGAGUCAGCUGGGCCACACGCUGAUCUCGCAGACGACGUUGCAUCAGGACAGACCGAAGGCGAACGGCGGUUUCGACAUCUCCAGGCUGUCGCGGCUGCCGAGUCAAACCACCCCUUCGCCCGCACCUGCGACCGCACCUGCCGUGGCCGGUGGCCCGACGGUGAUACCCUUGAACGCCUCUUGGUCGUCGUCCCUCUCCCGCAAUCAUCAUCGCAGCCAGGAGGCCGGAGUGAAGGAGAUACUUACGAGCCUCGGCCUGCUGUGCCUGGUGUCUUUGCUGUUGGCCCUGCUCUCGGUCAUCUUCCUGCUGAAGAUCUCACCGCUCACGGUCACGUCCAACAGCCUCAUCAGCCCGGAGGAGUUCGUGAUCGUGUACGAGGUCACGCUCGCGCUCUGCGCCCUCGCCCUGUCGCUGAACCUGUGCUGCCUGCUGGUCUGCGCCAUACAGUUCCUCUUCGCCGUGAAGCUCGUCAAGACGUCGUACCAGGGUCACCGGAGUAACAAGUACCUGCAAAAAUCGUCCAUCAGCCGCGUGUGCGCGGUCGGAGGUUUCUUCAUUAGCAUUCCGGUCUUCUUAACUGGCAUGAUCCUGUACACGUUCAUCCAGUUCCACUCGACGCCGGCGAUCGUCACGUCGGUCUUCAUCGGCCUCGGCAUCGUGUUCUGCGGGUGCGCCAUGGUCCACAACGUCUUCGUGUGGCAGAGAGAGAAGACGAACGCGGUGAAGGCGCUGGCCCGCGAGCAGUGCGAAGCAGCGGCGGCGCACUUGCAGCGUCAGCAGUUGCAGCACCAGCAGUCGCAUCAGCCGGCGCAGCACUCGCAGCAACACCAUCAGCAGCAGCAUCACCAGCAGCAACAGCAGCAGCAGCACCAUCACCACCACCAUCACCAGCAGCUGCAGCUGCGACCGUCGACCCUGUCGACGUUGCACGUAGGCGCGAAGAUCGGCGGCCCGGCGACCACCCACUCGACCGUCAGUCUGGCCCAAUCGGCUCGCGGCCUGCACCAUUAUCAGCACCUGCAUCAGCAUCAUCACCAUCAGCGGCACGUGUCCAUGUCGCCGCCGUUGCUGCUGUCGUCGCCGCAGGCCUCGUCCCAGCACAACCAUUUGACGCAUCGCGGCGGCGUCGUCACCACCGCCACACCACCGACGACGCCCGGCGACCGCUCGCCGCCGAGUCCUGGCGGCGGCGGCGGCGGCAACGGCAAGCUCAACAGGUCGCAGCACUUGCCGCGCGAGACCAGCGGCAGCGUCAGUCCCGGCCUGCCGACGGCCACGCUCGACCUGAGCAGCGCCGCUACCACCAACAGUCCCCACGAAUUGUCCACUCUCGUCUAGAGACGGGUUGUCGCGAGUGAACGGGUUUUAUCGAGAAAUCACAGGCCUGUUAUAGCGUAAGCCUAAGCUGAGUUCACGUUUCUGCUGUAAACGUUUGGACAGAGACGUUGUAAACGAAGACGUUCACGAAGAAUACCGCAUAGCCUAUGAGGAUCGCCGUCAAUAAGUGGGGGGGGGGGGCUCUCUCCGUGGAGAUCCAAAAAAGUCGCGGGAUCUCUGUACGAGGGCGUGUUGGCGUUUUCAACGACGACUGAGCGUACACACACACACACACACACACACGUAAACAACGGAAAUAAUCUAAGUCAUGAAUUCGCGUGACGAACGCUCCAGCCCUCUACCACCGGUCGGAGAAGCCGGUGUUGAUUUAUUAGAAAGGGACCAAAGUGUCGAGGAUCGAUGCGAUCUACGGGAAAACGCCGCCCAGAAAUCGGAGCGACCUGUUGCCGGGCAAUUUAUUCGGGGUUCGUGCGCGCGCGCGGACUUAGUCCCGGGCUUAACCGCGCGCUUGUACGCGGUGGUGUGAGUGAACGCGGCGAUUAAGGGCCCGAGAGGGAAGCGCCCUUUGUAACGCCCGCAACACGAACCGCCGAGAGCGAAGACGCCGGGCCGACGAAUUCUCGCGUGUACUUUGUUGAUCGCGACCCGUAACGUUUCACGCUCGUGAAUGGAAAUAUCUAAUGGAAAUGAUGAAUUCAUCUUGGGCGCAUUUCAAGCGGGUCGGUGAAUUAACGUCCGCUCGGGAGAUUAUGAGACAAAUGCAGCUGAAAUCUCGAAUCUUCUCAUUAAAUUCCUUGGAUGGAAUUGAGUGAGUUGCGAACCAAGUUCGUUUUGCACGCCUUCGUGGCGAAAGCCUGUCUUUAUUUCUCAUUACGUGCUGGAGGAAGAUAGAGCGAUGCUCUCAGCACGAAAGCGUGCAACACAAACUUAGCCAAUGAAUGAACGUGUCCCGUUAAAAAAGAUUGUUUAAUCUUUGGAGAACCUCUGAGAAAAAGAAAAUUGAUGUUACGAAAUACCAAACCUUAACAGUAGUUAGAAAUGUUCAAAAGAAAAAAAAUUCAAAGGUUAAAACAAGAUUCCCACUGAAUGAGUAUACCGAGAAUGAAAAAUAUUAAACUUAAUUAAUUAAAUCUUAAAUCUGCGUGUUAUGAACCAUAACGUUGCGUGUACACGCCCCUAAUUUUGUACUGAUAGUUGGUAUUGAUAAUUAACAUUAUUGCAUCAGUGGUCACGAGUGACAAUUAUCAAUCGGCGCUGUUAUCUGUAAGUCGACUAUCGCCGUUAGACUUUACCGAGCGAGAUUUCGUCAGCCCUGCGUCCGUUUAUCGCGCACAUUCCGGCGAUUAGCGACGACUAGCCUCGCGUUACGAAGGCUGUACGCUCUAUGCCACUGACCGCCUUUACAAACUUGGGUCAUCCGCCAACCAGUAUUACCCGAUUUAUGUUCUUCUUUCUCCCCCCCCCCCCUUUUUUUUGUCGUCUUCU